UCUUUUCGUCACACACAGUCCUUUCUGAUCAAAAGUUGAGUGUGAGCAAUACCUCCUGAGAAGAACACGUUCCUCUUGAGGUUAACACUUCCUACUGCGUAUCGUGUAAAAGCCUCCGCGCUACAUAAAACUAAAAGACAAGACAGAGCAAGAUCUUAUCAAACUUGUUGGUUAGACGUUCAGGCACCAAGAGCCAAGAUCUAAUCACUAAGAAGCUCUACGAGACGAGAUGGAGUGCAAAAUUCCCAACGAAAGCCUGACUUUCUCCUCCAACCAGACGAACUAUGCACCCAGUCUGAGUUCCACAAACUUGUUUAUCAUUUCCCUCCAUGGGAUAGUCUCGAUCAUCGGCAUUGUGGAAAACCUCUUAAUCCUGGCAGUGGUGGGGUUGUACGUUCGCCGCUCUGUUAUCAGCAUCUGGAUCUUGAACCUGGCAGCGUCUGACCUGUUGACCUCGUCCUUUCUGCCCUUCUUCACCUUGUACUUGGCUCAAGGACACAACUGGGUAUUGGGCAAGACCUUCUGCCGGAUCUAUUCCUCCAUCUUCUUCCUCAACAUGUUCAUCAGCGGGUUCCUGCUGGCGGCCAUCUCCCUGGACCGCUGCCUGGUGGUAGUGAGGCCAGUCUGGGCCCAGAACAACAGGAGCAUCAAACUCAUUUCGAGGAUUUGUGCAGGGAUCUGGGUGCUGGCCAUAAUCUUUACCAUUCCCUUUUAUAUGUUCCGGGACACCAUCACCCUUAAAGACAGAAGGAAUCUGUGCUACUACAACUACGCUCUGUAUCCACCAAGUAAUCUGAACAAUCUACAGGCUUUAUGCAACCAGCGCAAAGAGGUUUUGGCUUUCAUCAAGUUCUUUUUCGCCUUCCUCAUUCCCCUCGUGAUCAUCAUCCUCAGCUACUUAGCGGUGAACUCCACCCUGGCUCGGCGUGGCUGCCGGCGGUCUUUGCGUUUUGUCCGGCUCGUGGUUGCUGUGGUUGUGACCUUCAUUCUCUGCUGGGCUCCUUAUCAUCUCUUUAUCAUCAUGGAGGUCAUGGCCCCAAGCAAUCACCCUGUGAAAAAAUUUACUGAAAAGGCCCUUCCUGUUGCAGCUACGAUUGCUUUCUUGAACGCCGUCUUUAACCCCAUCCUGUACGUGUUUAGCUGCCCCGAUUUGUGCCUGAAGAUUAGGCACUCCUUCGGGGCGGUGAUGGAGAGCGUGCUGGCGGAGGAUCUGGUGGAGUUUACCCGACGCCGCAGCACGCUUCGCACCAGCCACUCCGAGCUUGUGGCGAGAAAGAAGAAUAGUAUCACAAACCUGCCUCCAAAAACUGAAGAGCAAGAGGAGAAAGAUUGAACUUUGUGUCAUACGCUCUUUAAAAAUGUAGCAGGAACCAAUUAGAUUGUAGAUCUGUUUGUCGCCAGGUAGAUUUCAACAUAUCCUGUAGGCAUCUCAUUCACGUAAAGGCCCAGUGAAUAAAUUCAAGACAUUCAAGUCAAACUUUUUCUCUCAGAGAGCGAUAAGUUGUAGAGUAUUGCCACAGGAGACCUGAGCGAUUUGUAGAUGGGAACUUGGGUUUAUGGGUUAUGAUGGUCUUAAGACAAGCUGGGGUUUUGCUCUUGUCUUCAACUCUGAAACUUGACCUGAACCUGUUAAAUGAUGUUUUUUGAGUAUUUGUCAGGCUUGCUUUUUAAUCAAAUGUGAUGCAAUUUUUUUUUCUACCCAGAAUUCAUCCUUGUGAGAUCUGGAGAAAAAGAGGUAUUGGUGUCCUUGCUUGCAUAGAUUAGUGUCCAAACUUAAGUUAGCUAUGUUUUAUUGUCUAUAAAAAAAAAAACAACAUGAAUUAGUACGUUUUUAUUCAUAUUCUGGAGCAAAUUUGACCACAUUCAUGUUAAAAACCAUAGAAUAACCUUUUUACACCGGAGAUAUACUUUCCGCACACGACACACGUUUUUUUAUAUGCUGUAACUUUUUAACUAUUUACGCAGUUAACAUAAAUUAGCUAAUUCUGGUGUUUGCAUGUCAGAGAAAUUAAUGUUCUCCUCUUUAGAAUGUGUCAGAAUUACGUUAAUUGCGCAAACGGUUGAAGAGUUACUCAAAAGAAUUUAAACCCUGGAGCUAAGGAGCAGAUGUAAAGGGGUUACUUCUGUUGAGAUUUAGUUGGCAGAUAUUUUAACUUUAUUCUUUACUUGUAUGCAAAAAAAUGUUUAUAUUUGUUUUUCUUUUUUCCAUGGAGCUAACCAAGCUUUUGCUUAUUUUGCAUUUUUGUAAAACUACCUCAAUUGAGUGUAAAACUGGUUGUCACCUUCUGGAUUCUUAUAUUUUUUGGUUAAUUUAUGUCAGUUCCAACGAAAUACAAAAAUAACAGAAAUUAUGGGAUGAAUUGAAGAUAAUUUACUUUGUAGCUCUGUUAUGUCUUGAAGGCUCAAACGAUGUCUUUCUAAAAGUGAGCAGUUGCCAAAAUAAGUUGCCAAAAUAAAACCGGGAUGGACGUAGUUUCCAUCACCGUUAUUUCUUCAGAAAGUUAGAUUAAAAGAACGUGACUAAAGUGUGAUCCUCUCCCAAAAAUCAUUGAAGUUGAGAGCCAGUGAGGAUUUUAACGACAGGAAAACCGCACUGACAAACUCGAGAUGCAUCAGAACAGUCCAGAAUUUUCAAAGAAUAUCGGGCCAUGGAAAGAACUGGAAACAUUUUGGAAGUUAUUUUCAAUACUAGUCCUCGAUAAUUAUUGUUUAGGUUUUGACAAUUAAAUUAAAUUAAUACUUAUUGUACCAUAAUCCAAUGCGUUAUGUUGUUUCUGUUCUGUUAGUUUUCUUGGGGCGCAUCAAGAUCUUUUUUGCCCAAUGUUGGAAUUAUUUACGUGUAAACAGUCAAAGAGUGACAGUAAUUUAAAGUGCAUGUGUUAUUUAGACGUCACCAGUGACACCUCAGAGGUUAAAGGGUUAAAUGAUCACCUGUCACUUAAAAAAA